UGAAGGUUAUGUUCACCGGCAAAAUUGUUAUAUUAAAAUACUUCAAAUUAAAAACAGAACAGAAUAUCAAAUGUCUUAAAAUGAGACACGUUUUUCUACAGUGUUUUGAACGAACGUAUUACCAAUAUAAUAUAAUGUAGAAUAUUGUGUAGUAAACAUAAAUAUAAAUAUGAGUGUUUGGUAGAGGAUAAGUUUUACGAAAAUAAAAAGCAAGAAGAAAUGAGAAGUGGAAAUAGAGAAAUAAAAGACAAGUUUCACGCAGUACCACGAAACAGAAUUACGAGACAGCCACUGAGUGGAGGGAAUGGGAAAUUGAUUAAUGGUCGAACUGUCAAUGUGGUUUAGUGAUAAGCAACCGAGACUGAAACCUCGCCGAUUGAAACGCUCUACUAAGCACCUGCGAAUGUGAUUUUUGAGGUUUUAGAUAAAAGUAUAGAAGCCUUCAUCAAUUCUCUUUCUCUCUCUCUAGUUUUCAACAAUUUUCAUCCCUCUCUUUCUCACACACAAAGUUGAAAGGCAUACUAAAGAAGAUCAAGAAUUUCUGCCUGGACAUUUCAAUUUGGCAAUAUAUAUUAAUUGACAUUUGUGUAAUAAUGAAAAUGAGUGGAAAAAUAAAAUAUAAUUAUUCAAUUGAAGAAAAUAAUUAUUAUUAUCAAACAUUUGCGAGUAGUGUUGAUGAAAAAGAUUGAUGAGUGCAUUUUCAAAAGUGAAAUAAAUAAAAUGUGUGUUGAAUAAUUUGUAUAUAACAUAUUAGCAGAGAACAAUUAGAGUGACGAAUGGGCUUUAAAAAAAAAAAAUAAGGAUAAUUUCGAGACGUAUUAUUAAAGUUCUCGUGCCCUAAUCUGAGUGUAACGUUCACGUUUACGUGUCCGGAACGAAAACUAUGUGGCACGAGGCAUGAUGAUGAAGGGGAGAAGAAUCGGUGAUCCAGCAAGAAGAGAGGAAAAUCUGGAGACUUGCCAGAAGAGUCGUCAGAACUGCAGAGUGUCAUUCCUCCUAUUGGCAAUCUGUGCGUUGAUCCCAAAUCCAACUAUUUCCGCGCCUGUUCAGAUUCAUGGUGGCAUAUCCGUGGAAAAAUCCCAGGGUAUAUCCUUAACCGAAGACCCCGAGGGAGAUGUACCUGUUUUCGAACAGACCGCUGCCAAUGUUUCCGCCUUGGAAGGUCAAACUGCCUAUCUCCCCUGCCGUGUUCGAAAUUUGGGCGAUAAAGUGGUAUCCUGGAUGAGAAGUAGAGAUCUUCACAUCUUGACCACAAGUGAGAUUACCUUCAGUUCUGAUUCGAGAUUUAGCCCGCAGCACUCGCCUGGAAGUGAUGCUUGGACGCUACGACUGGAUCGUGCCAAAAAGACAGAUUCUGGAAAGUACGAAUGUCAGGUCAACACUGAACCAAAGAUCAUGUAUGCAGUUCAGCUUUUUGUACGAGAUCCUGAUAAACCUGAAGGGUUCGAUGAACCUUUUUCUCAACAAACUCGAAUAAGUUUCGAGAGUACUGCGCCAGUCGCGGCAAUAAUGGGACCACGUGAGCAAAGAGUGCCUUCCGGGUCGACAAUCACCCUAAGGUGUGUCAUAACCUCCCCAUAUCAGACGCGUCCCAUCAGAGCUGUACAAUGGCUUCGAGAUAAUAAACUCCUGACAAUCCUGGCAAAACGAGGAGGCAUUAAUGUUGAAACUGAAAAGAGUUCAGCUCAAACAAUUUCGUCAGCAACACUUGCAUCUGUUACUCCAGAUGACUCUGGCAAAUAUUCAUGUAGACCAACCGAAGGUCUACAAGAUACAAUCACCUUAGUCGUUGAUCCAGGUGAGCGAACCGAAGCCAUGCAAAGGGAUGCUGAAUACAUCUCUUCCGGAAGUGACAUUAGGUGUUGGUCUCGACUCCUCCUUCCUUUGGCGUGGCUUCUAACCAUCGCCCGAAACAGACAAACUUUCCUGCAUUAAAGCAAUUACAGUAUUUUAUGUGUACCUCGCUAAAGAUACAUGCACACUCUAGACAAGGAUCUGUUGAUAGAAGAGGCCAACAUUAAUUUAUUAGUUUAAUUUUCAAGUAAUUUACAAAACUUCUCGACAAAGAGGCGAGAGGACAUUAAAAAAAAAAAAAUUCUUUUUAUAAAAAUAUUUCACGCUUUUGUAAAUAUAGUUCCAUCACUGCGGAAAUUGAAAGAAAUCAUAUGCUUUUUUAUAUUUCUAAUUAUUUAUAUUAAACACGUUCUGAAGAAAGAUAAUUAAGAAGCAAAAUAUUAUAGGUUAUGUCACAGGUUGCCAAUAAGGUUAUUCAA